AUGGCCGAGACACGCUCUUCCCCCGAGGUCAUCACAGCCUCGCUUCCCGCCCUCGAGGUUCAAUGCGAAAAGAAAUUCAAGUGUUAUGAUGUCUCAAAUUUUACACAUAUUGUCGUCCAUCUGUCUGAUAUGGCAAUCAGGAACCUCAAGAACAUCACGAAUUCCAAUGCUGAUCCCCCGUGUGAGUUCGACAACGAAGAUUAUUUGGAUAUCAUUGGAAAGAUGCUAUCCGUAACGUUCUUCGGCAAUGAAAACCAGCUGGAAUGGCUAGACACUGAGCGCGUUGGUAGACGCAAGUUCGUUGCAUUCACUAACAUCGAAAAGAAAGAGAAGCGGGCUCAGAGUCAGAGCCCUGGUCACGGAAAGUUGCAGGUGGUCGAGGUUAUGUUCAUGCGGACCAGCCCCCGGGAUACACAGAAGAUCUUUUGGAGGCCCGCCAGAGCAACGGUCCUCCAACGUGUUCAGAUUAGAAUGUAUGAUCUGGUUGAGAUGGUCCGGGUGCGAGUUAUGAGAACCCGAUCGAAUGUGGUUCCUCGGAGGAAGGGUUCGGCUUCAGCAUGA